AUGAACAGGCAGUUGUUAGGGGCAACUACGUCUGUCAACUGUUUGUAGCCAAUAAAUUGCUCGGCAAGGCGGAGCUCAGGUGCGCGCUGCUGCGUCCACUUGGCGAGGAGCCUGGGAGACGCCUGUGGCAAAAAAGUAACUGUCAAAUGUGCGGCUCCUUUAAUAAGAGCGAUCAGUCCGGCUCCGAGAGUCAUGGCGACCACAGCAUCUACUCAUUACAAUAUCCUCACCUCCAGCUCGUCCAUCGUGCACUCGGAGCCCGGGAGCAUGCAGCAAGCGACGGUGUACAGAGAUGCACAGACUCUGUUGCAAAGCGACUAUACACUGCAGAGUAACAGUCAUCCGCUCAGCCACGCACACCAGUGGAUAACGGCGCUGUCACACGGAGAGGGGGCUCCGUGGUCCUCCAGUCCCCUUAGCGAUCAAGACAUAAAACCUGCGGUGCAGAGCAGCAGAGACGAGCUGCACAACUCCAGCAGUUUGCAGCACCAGCCACGACCGCCUCAUCUGGCGCACCAGCCGCAUGGGACCCACCAGGACGCUCGGGCAUGGAGAACGACUUCUGCUGCGCACAUACCGAGCAUGGCAACCCCGAACGGACAGAGCCUCAUCUACUCCCAGCCUGGCUUCAGUGUGAAUGGCUUGAUUCCGGGCAGCGGACAGGGAAUGCACCAUCACACCCUCAGAGACUCACACGAAGACCACCACAGCCCGCAUCUCAGCGACCACGGACACCAGCCCUCCCAGCUUCAGCACCAGCAGCAUCAGAACCACCACGAACACUCCGACGAAGAUACGCCGACCUCGGACGACUUGGAACAAUUCGCCAAGCAGUUUAAACAACGCAGAAUCAAACUGGGCUUUACACAAGCGGAUGUCGGGCUAGCCUUGGGCACACUGUAUGGAAACGUGUUCUCCCAGACCACGAUCUGCAGAUUCGAGGCCCUGCAACUCAGCUUUAAGAACAUGUGCAAGCUCAAGCCUUUGCUAAACAAGUGGUUGGAAGAAGCAGACUCAACCUCUGGGAGUCCGACCAGCUUGGACAAGAUUGCUGCACAGGGCAGAAAGAGAAAGAAGCGGACGUCUAUCGAGGUGAGCGUGAAGGGGGCUCUGGAGAGCCAUUUCCUAAAGUGCCCCAAACCAGCUGCUUCGGAGAUUACUUCACUGGCGGACAGUCUUCACCUGGAAAAGGAGGUGGUCAGGGUUUGGUUUUGUAACAGAAGACAAAAAGAGAAACGUAUGACUCCUCCAGGCGGACCUCUCCCUGGGACCGAGGAUGUGUUUGGAGACACGCCACCACAUCAUGGGGUCCAGACACCGGUACAGUGAACAACAGCGGACUGCUAAAACUGUUUUGUGAAUGUCUCUGUUUUCAUUCCUCCUGUAAUGAACUCCUAAGCACUGGACUAUCCUAAGCGAAUACCGGUGCUUUGUGUUUGACUGUACACGGGAAGCCCACACGCAAAGUGAGUAUCACAACAAGGUAAAUAAGGAGCCACUCAGUAGAGCAGUCGUGUUCCUAAAAAGCUAGAUGUUGUGUAACGAUAACCAGCACUGUGAUACCGCGCGGUUUUAAGGUGUAACCUCAUUGUGGAAAGAACGCCAAUAACAGCCUCGAGGUUUCUUUAAGGUUUACAUAUAUUGCUUUUAAAUCAUUGCAUAAUUUUGUACAGGAUCCAAAUGCGUGAUGUAGUCAAUGAAAACAUUCAGAGAGCCACGUUAGGAAAACAAACCCCAUCUUAAAAAAAAAAAAUCAACUUGCAACUGGGGUUGCGCUUGGGCCGAUUGCACCUGCCAGUUAUCUGUCCCUAGUGACCAUGCUAUUAACCAGAGAGGUAAUCAGAGAUGCGCAGAAUGUAUUAUUAUUAUUAUUAUUAUUAUUAUUAUUAUUAUUAUUAUUAUUAUUAUUUGUUUUAUAAUAAUAGUAAUAAUAAUUUUAAAAAAUACUGCCUUUACGUUGAAGUCCGGGAAACACGAGUUUUUCCAGGAUUUUUUAAAGCAUGGAUGCAUAAACACCGAGCCAGUGAGUCGAUCAUCUAUUUCAGAAUUAUCGCGGUGCAGUAAUAAAACACACAAAGGCUGCCAAAACCGAGCUCCGCGCCACGCGCCAGCAGCUCGAAACAGGUCAAGCAGGGGCUAUGUGGCAAAGGAAAUCUGUCUCGUUUCACGUGCGAGAUAUUUCAAUACAGAGAAUUUUGACAGAAAAAAUUGUAAUGAAUUUUGUAAAUAUUGUAUAUUUUCAACAAAGUCAUGGCUUCGUUUCCUUUACACUGGGGCACUUUUUCUUUAAAUGGUUUUUAAAAAAAACAAGAUAGCUGUUCAAUUAUUUUUUUAUCCAAAAUGGCUUGACAUAAUUUUCUAUUCGGUUUUCUUACAUUAUAUUUUUAUUUAUGGCAAUUUAUAGCAGUAAUAAUGCUUGCAAUUUCAAGUAUAAUAUGUUGCCGCUACAGUUUGUUUUGUUCGACUGAUAUUUUGUAGCCUAUAGGGAGUAAUGGCUUCUCUGUUUAUGCUCCUGUCACUGACUUUCAUGAUAUUGCGUGGGCAUUAUCUGUGCAUAUUAAAAUGUCACCUAAACCUGAAGUUUCCAGAGAAAAGGGUGGAAAGAUUCAAAUGAUUGGCAACAAAACAGUGAUGUAAGAGAGCGGCUGUGUUACAGUAUAUCUCUAUUUAAUGUAUACGUAUACAUAACUCCUUUAAGGAAAAAUAUUACAUUUUUUAUUUUAUGUCCGAAUUCUUUAAUGUCUGACACCGUUGUAAUAUUAUUAUUAUUAUUAUUAUUAUUAUUAUUAUUAUUAUUAUUAUUAUUAUUCACAGCCAUUUUGUUCAUUUUUCCUUUUUGUAAGUACUGAUGCGUUACUCGGGGGAAGUGGUUGUCUGGUAAUGAGAUUGUAAUUUAUUUAAGUAGCCUUUAGAGGUAAAAUCAGGUUUUAUAGGUUUUUAUCAAAACGGAUUGACAACAAAUAGGAUUAUGAGGGUAUAGGCUCAGAAAAAAGGAUCUACAUUAUUUUUUUCUAUUGUGGCAUCACGAGCGGGUUUACCAUCACUGCUGUGUGUAAAUUUGUCUUUUCAAUUACGCCCUGAAUGGUUGUUGCUAUAUUUCUCUUUAUGUCCACAGUAUUUCCCAGGGAGAUAUGUUCACAUCAUAUUGAGGUGGCUUGGUUCGCGCUAGUUCUUUAAAAGAGAAACAAAACAAACGGUAGCCUACAUCUGUACCGCCUGGCACCGGUUCUUUCAUCUGUAGCUUUAAUUAAUUAUUCAAUUAUUUCAUUCGUUGAAAAAUCCUGUGGGGUGUAUUUUUUCUUGUUGCUGAUGUUUUAUUAUUUUUUCCUUUUUUUUUUCUUUGUUACAUUUUCUAUCAGAUUUUGGUUAAUCUGAAUGAACUUGUGGGGAAAUAAAACAACUCAGAGUCAUUCAUGAUAAAUCAAUGUUUAAGUAAUAUUUUAUUACUGACAUAACCAAGAAUUGCACAUUUUAUGGUCUUGACAUUAAAAUGUUUUUUUCAUUA